AUGACGCCGAACACAAGAACAGUGGUGAAUGCUGCAUCAGGAGGGUCCUUGAAGACAAAAACUCCAGAGGAAGCCUUGGAAUUACUAGAGUCUCUAGCCUCUCAGGAGUAUGAUAAUGCUCCCGCACCACAGAGAAGAGCGAGGAUUAUGAAGCUUGAUGGCUAUGAUGCCAUCUUGGCCCAGAAUGAUCAGAUCCUACAGUCUAAUAAGAAACAGCAACAACAACUAGAUGCUCUCACAAAGCAAUUUUCUGAUUUUCAAGUUUCUUCUAAUACUUCAGUAGCUUAUGUUAAUACUUCUUCUAUUGUUUGUGAUAUUUGCGCAGGUGCUCAUACUACUGAUGACUGCAAGGCACCCGAAACUGCAGAUGUUAAUGGAAUUUGGCAUGAUCAGAAAGUUCCAUAUAAUCCAGGGAGGAACCAAUACGGCAAUAACCAGAAUCAAGGGUGGAGAAAUAAAAAUCAACAUCCAGGAUUCAGUUAUAGCUCGAAUCAUCAGCUAAAUCCUCCUAUGCCAGCACCACAGCAACCUCCACAACAAUCAGAGUGGGAGAAAGCCUUUGCACAACUAUCCAAGACCACAUCAGACUACGUUCAAAGUACCAAUGCAUUCAGGGAAGACACUUCAACCUUUAUGCAGGAGACCAGGGCUUCAUUCCGGAAUCAAGAAGCCUCUAUCCGGAAUCUUGAAACCCAGAUCGGUCAAUUGUCAAGGCAGUUCAAUGAAAGAACCCAAGGCACUUUCCCGAGUAAUACAGACGUUAAUCCAAACGCACACUGCAAGGCCAUUACCACUAGAAGUGGCAUUGUAAUUGAACCUGUGACUAAGCCUUCAGUAGAGAAAAAGAAAGCUGAGGGAUCUGCCAUUGAAGGAGAAAAAGAGAAGGAAGUUGACAAAGAGCCUGCUGCAGAGAAAGCUGUUCCUGAAAAGAAAGAGUUUAAAUGGGAGAAAAAGAAAGCUCAAGAAAGACAAGAAAAGCCAUUGGAGCUCUCACCUUAUUUCAUGAAAGAUCUCUUAUCGAAGAAACGUAAACUGAAAGAAUGUGAAACGGUGACGUUGACGGAAGAGUGUAGUGCUAUAAUUCAGAAAAAGUUGCCUCCAAAACUUGAAUAUCCUGGAAGUUUCAGCAUUCCCAUAGAAAUUGGCAACAUUGAUGUGGGAAAGGCGUUAUGUGACUUGGGAGCUAGUAUUAACCUUAUGCCAUUAUCCAUCUGCAAGGCUCUGGGAAUUCAUGAAUUAAAGCCGACCAAAGUUUCACUGCAGCUAGCAGACAGAUCUACCAGAAGGCCAGAUGGAGUUAUUGAAGAUGUCUUGGUGAAGAUUGAUAAGUUCAUAUUCCCUGCAGACUUUGUCAUCUUAGACAUGCAAGAGGAUGCUGAGAUUCCCUUACUGUUGGGAAGGCCCUUUUUAGCCACUGCAAGGGCUAUGAUUGAUGUGGAGCAGGGUAAGCUGAUGUUGCGGGUUAAUGAUGAAACCGUAACUAUUGAUGUUCUUGAAUCUAUGAAACAUCCUUCCGACGGAGGAGAUUGCUUCAAGGUUGAUGUGAUCAAUGAUGCAGUGCUAGAUACAGUUGAUGAAAUACUCCAACCACUGAUGGAAUUGGAGUCAUUAGAAGAAGAUCUACUGCACAAUACGACUGAAGCAACAGAAGGAGAACAAGAGGUUGAAAAGCUAGAAGAGAAAGUUGAUGAUAUCAUUCCAGGUGCACCAAAGGUUGAAUUGAAAGAACUUCCUCCCACUUUGAAAUAUGCAUUUCUUGGAGAAAGCAAGACAUACCCGGUGAUCAUCAACAUAAAUUUAUCAACCGCCGAAGAAGAAAAAUUAUUGAAAGUGUUGAGAGAGCACAGAACAGCUAUAGGAUGGUCUAUUACAGACUUGAAAGGAAUAAACCCAUCUUUUUGCACUCAUAAAAUAUUGAUGGAGAAUGAGGUGAAGCCAGUCAGACAACCACAGAGAAGAUUGAAUCCAACUAUGAAAGAAGUUGUGAGAAAAGAAGUCGUGAAGCUCUUGGAUGCUGGUAUGAUCUAUCCAAUCUCUGAUAGUGCAUGG